AUGUGUGGAAAAAUUACUGAAGAGGCAAGAAAAACUAUUUUCAAUGGAUCUUGGAAAAUACAAAAUUGGAACGCUAAGAAAUUCUAUUUAAGAGGUCUAACUGAUUUUCGAAUUGCCAAGAGAAGGAGAGCUGGAAUAGAAAUAGAAACGGUAAAAAAGAAAUAUAGUUAUGACUGUUACUUACCUGAUGCUAGUGGAAUUAAGUUACGGGUAUGUCGCGAUUUUUUCUUAUCCACUCUAGAUUUGAAAAAGGAUUGUUUUAACAUCUGGUUAAAAGAAGAAGCUACAAGUAGAAAUCAUGAUGAAGGCGGAAAUGAAAGAUCAGAAGGAGAAAGUACUGUAGAGAGAAAAAAUAAAGGGAAAAUAGAAAAAUUUUGUGAAACAAAUCUAGUGCACCAUCUCCGCAAAAAUCAAGUAAUGUUUUUACGUGGUUAA